AUGAUGAUGAACCUCGACUCCCACUCAUCCAACUCAGUAGAACAGCCACCCUCAUCAGCAAAACUGAAGCUGUCGACGAUUGCUGCCAAACUGAUCACUGGCGUACACCAAGUACCCCCUGAGGUUGCCCGUUCACGCUGGAACUCCAACCCACUCCAGAAGAACACCAACAACAACAACAGCAACAGCAGCAGCAGCGACCGUCAGCCGAGUCCAGCAGGCUAUCAUCAUCAUCAUCAUCAUCAAAUCAACCUAGACCCUCCCAAGCCAUUCUCUGAUCACUCCCGCAGUGUCACUGCCUCUGUCUUCACUGCUGCCAGACAGGAGCGCGUUGCUCAGCGUAACCACCAUCAUCCUCACUCGCAAGCUGCCUCUAACCCUAGUAGGCCACUCUCAACCCACCAGAACCCAGCCAAUAACCCCAACCAGCAGAUCUACCACCACCGCUCUCAUACUCAGUUCGAUAUCAUCAACCCUCCCCAUCCACCCUUCUUCGAACCAAUCCUCUCUCCCGCCCGCUCCGCAAAGAGCUCGGCCCCCGCCAUCAUGAACCACGCUGAUGAGGACGAGGUUGAGGACCUUGCGCUGCUCCAGCUGAUCCAAAACUCAAACGGACUCGCAAAGGAGAACGAGCCUCCAUGUGAUCCUCGAACCAAGCUGUUUGAUCGUCCAAAGCUUGGAAAAAACAAGCUCCCAAACUCCACGGACUCUGUCCUCCUACCCACCUCCACCCCAGCCGGCCACUAUGUCCACCAGUACAGUCCCAAUCACUCUCCUCACCCUCAUGACCGACGUCGCACAUCAUCAUCCGGACCAUCCCCUUCCAAAACAUCUAGACCUUUGAAAGCCUUACUCGACCCUCAACCUUCCUCCUCCCAGGCUAGUCCUACCAAGUCCGUCAACCCCAUGCGCGAUUUAUACCUCUCUCAAACUGGCGACCAACAUGGAAAGAUCGAAAACGAGAAACAGAGAGUCGAUCGAGAAUUCGAAAAGCUUCUUGUGAGAUACGAUGCAGAUCACCGAUGCGGUCCGACUGAAGAUGAGUGGGCUAGACCAUCCAGUGAAAUCAGCGAUGCUCAAGUCAUCCACCUCCGCGAGUCUGAUGAAGCUGAUGAGUGGCCCGGAGGGGUGACGGGGCGGGCCGAACCGAUCGGCCUGGCGGAUGAUUCGUCCAAGCAGGAGGGCUCGGCCUGGUGGGCGAUGUACCUCAAGUCGCACAACUUCCGCGAACUCCAAGCCGCCGACCUCAAAAAGCUCCGCGUCGCACUCCGCACUAAACCCCCCGAUUGGUCUAGAGAGUUCAUCGGCUUCGGUGGCUAUAGCGCCCUCCUCAAGCGACUCAAAGAGCUCCUCGAGAUCGAAUGGAGGAAACAACAUGAUGACCAAGUCUUGUACGAGAUUCUGAGGUGUUUCAAAGCCUUGCUGUUAACAGAUCCAGGACGCAAGGCACUUGCAUCGCGUCUCCCGGACCCGUUUAUCCAGUUGACGGCACUCUUGUACUCGGAGAAGAAGCCAGGAGACCUGACGACGCGACAAGUACUAGUGGAGAUCAUCCAAGGCUGUUUCCAACUGGACGAGUAUCUCUCAUUACGACCAAUGGAUGGAGCCAAGCUAGACUGGGCCGCCCCGAUCGCACUCGAGCCAUCUCCCGGCCAUCCGCUACCUCUCCAACCAGACUCUCCCCCCGAAGGCCCUCAAGAACUGCUUCCCUCGGCCCACGAUCUGCUCCGUAAACUGAUCAUCGGCCCUCCCGAUCUCAAGAAAGCGAAUAUCGUCGAGUUCGUCGCCGUCACCCAUCGCGUUCGUCCCUUCAAGACUUUUGUCAACGAGUUCAUCGGCGUCCUCAUGGACUAUUUCUGGAUUUUCUGUCAUGCCGAGAACCAGUUUUGGGAUCUCAAAAGCAUCGACGAGGAGACGGUCGAGGCGCCCAAAGUGCCGAGUGGGAUGACCGGCGGAGUAGAGUACGAAGCAAUGUCAUACUGCACUUGCUUGAUGAAGCUCCUUAAUCAAAUCAUCAAGACCGCCGCGAGCUCCGAACAGUCCAAGCAGAUUUACCAAGACCUAUUCGAGAGCGGGUUCGAGCGCUGCUUAGUAACACUCCGGAAGAGCAGCGUCGAUUACUAUCCGAUGGUUCAUCUCGAACUCGCAAGGUUUAUUUCUCUUGGAAUCGCUAACCACUUCGAGUUCCCUUACAAUAUCCUCAAAUAUCUCAACGGCUAUACUGGCCAUCCACUUUGA